AAGAUCAAGCUUUGACCUCAGCGUUGUUUUCUUCAGUGCAGUCAGAAUAUUCAGACCUUUAGUGUGGUUCGCUAGAAUGCGGCUCAUGUAGCAGAGUGGGAAUUAUAAAUUAUGUAUAAUUAAUCUGUAGGUUGCCACUGAUUAAAGGAUUAUUUGGGUUGCCAGGUUGGCGCAAAUCCCUUUGUCUGCCUUUUUACUUGAUAUUAGCCCAACUUUUUAAAUUUGGUAACACUGGACGAUAAAAAUGUUUGUUCAGGGUUUAAUAAGAUUGUUACAGUAGAUAGUCACAGACACUUACUAACGCAUUAUAUCCAUUUAAAACAUGGUUUGUUUUUAAAACUGUUAAUCCUUGUGUCUUACAUAAAGAUUAAACACAUUUAUGAUAGUAUUAUUGAGCCUGAAGCUUGUUGUUAUUCAGGCCUUGAUCUGAAGUGAAGCAUAAUAUUUUUGCUGUGAGCAAAUAAAACUGAACACGUGCAUUUAUAAUAAUUGGCUUCACUUAAUAGCUAACGUGUGGUGUUUUAUUGUGAGAAGCAUUUUUGACUGUGUGGGCCAUCAUCAGACCAUAAAAGUGGUGACUACGCUGUGUUUAUAUACACAACAUUGAAGGCAGUGACCUGAUCCAACGGGGGAAGUAGGACUCCCAGAAGUGUCUCAAACUGCUGCAGGAGACAAAGGCUGAGCCCAGUAACAGUGAGAGCGCUCUUUGCUCCACGUGGACGUGAAGUGGGCAGAGUUCGGAAACUGCCUUUAUUUUCUUCCAUCUGUUUAUAUUUCAAAGUAAAAGCCCAGGAGCCGGUUUCGAUGAUCGCGCUCUUCCCACCAGCGGCUUCCUCGCAGCUCACGCUUCGACCCGCAGCUCGCUUGUUCCGCGCGGCGGGUCGGCGUCCGUUCCGCCCGGCCACGUCCAGUUCCACGUCUUGGGUGACGGACGGUCCGCUCCGGGCGGAUCCGCGUCUCCUGGCUUUCCCGCUCGCUCCCGCUGCCGCUGGUUGGCUACAUUGUAUCGGUUCCCACCGCGGCGCUCGUCCAGAAACGCUGAAGACGGAGGAAUUAACCUGGAUGCGACGCGCUCCACUGUGGGAUUAAUUGGCAGAAGGUUCGCGGGGCAGCAGCGGGCGUGUGCGCGGCUCGAGGCGGCGCCGGUGAAAUGCCCUCCGGACUCGCUUGUUGUCGCCGUGGACGGUAUCUCCAAGUGUGAUGGCACAAGUCCAGUGAAUCGCUGGCCUCCGCUCCGCUCUUGUGUUGGACGUCUUGGGGAGUGCGCUGCCACUGCUUUCUGCUGCUUCGCAUAUUUUAAAAGCGCCUUUUAUUGUAAUUCAAGGCGAUCCCUCUUAGCUUUUUAUGGAGUGCGCGCCGCCAUGGCCAGACCAAGCACUGGGAUGAGAUUGACGAGCUAAGUCGGGCAAAAUGUGGUUAAAUGGGACAGGAACGAGUACGCCGUGAGGAUUCUCUAACCCCUGCCCCGGAGUCCCAACCGUCUGAGAGGGUGUCGGACCUCACUGAGGCAAUCCUGGGCCGUUGGCACUAAAAUGUCCCUAAGUGGUGGCACUGCAGGCGGGAAAGGUGUGGACUCUAAUGCGGUGGACACUUAUGACAGCGGGGAUGAGUGGGAUAUUGGUGUUGGAAAUCUGAUUAUCGACCUUGACGCUGACCUAGAGAAAGACAAACUUGAAAUGUCUGGUACCAAGGACGGAAUGGCGGCACCACCUAGUGCAGUGGCACAGUUGCCUGACAACAUCAGGUUUGUUAGUCCAGUGCCUGGUUCUCAAGGCAAGGAGAGCAAAUCCAAAUACAAGCGCAGUAAGAACUCUAAAGACAAUAGUAGCAAGGCUUCAGCUGGAGAUGGGGGCAAAAAGGAGAGUACAGGACGGACUCAAGGAGAGCCAGCAGGCACAGCAGUCAGCGGAGGAGCUGCUGCUAACAAUUCCACCUCUGGGAAGAACAUGGAAAAGGGGGGCAAAACCUCUAGAGGUGUACUGGGCGGUAAAAAAGAUAAAGAAGGGGCUAGUGGGAAAAGUAAGAAGGACAAAACAGAUGGAGCCCCAGUUGUGGCAAUAGCUGCUGCAGAGAAGGAUGUUGUGUCUCAAGCUCAAGUUGCUUUGGGGAAUACUCGUAAUACAUCCUUUGAGAACACACAAUCAACUGACUUGGCAGAAGCCAAUCAAAUGGGGAAUAUUGCACUUGAACCAGUUGGGAUAGUACAGGCACUGACCGUGAAAACUGAACCAGAGGAGGUGGAGAAUGGUAACGGCGAAUGCAAGACGUUAAAGAAGGUGAAAAACGAAAAGAUGGAAUCUCCUGUCUCCACUCCAGUCCCUCCUCCCCUCCACCUCCUGGCCACGGUGGGCAACAGUGAGAUCGCCUCGUCAUGUGAGCAGAUAAUGGUGCGUACGCGCUCCGUGGCGGUGAACACCUCCGACGUGGCCCUGGCCACCGAACCCGAGUGUUUGGGGCCCUGCGAGCCUGGAACCAGCGUCAACCUCGAAGGCAUCGUGUGGCAAGAAACUGAAGACGGCAUGCUGGUAGUCAACGUAACCUGGCGGAACAAGACCUAUGUUGGCACCUUGUUGGACUGCACACGUCACGACUGGGCUCCCCCCAGGUUUUGUGAAUCUCCUACAAGUGAUCUGGAAAUGAGGAACGGUCGUGGUCGAGGGAAGCGAAUGAGACCGAAUAGCAACGCCCCCAUAAAUGAGAACAGCAACUCAUCAGACAACAAGGGCACCGCCAACAACAAGACACGCGCUGCCUCCAACAGCAAAGGGCGGAGGGGCAGCCAGACACCGUCAGAGCGCCGCACCCCACCCAAUAGUAACACAGAGGACAUCAAGGCUAGUCCCUCCUCGACUGGAAAACGCAAGACCAAACCAGCCUCCGACAUGGAACCCAAUUCUAGCUCAGAAGACACCAAAGGCAGCAAGCGUAUGCGGACAAACUCCAACAGUGGAGGGGUGGGGCCGACCGGUCUGCCUCUGCCUGCUAUUAAGACUGAGCCGCUUCCCCCUCCACUUGACCGCAGCUGCCCUUCUCCAGUCCUUAUUGACUGCCCACACCCUAACUGCAACAAAAAGUAUAAGCACAUAAAUGGUCUCAAGUACCACCAAGCCCGAGCUCACAAUGAUGAUGACCUAAAGUUGGAAUUAGAUGGAGACAGUGAAUAUGGCGAGGACUCAACCCUUCAUCCUGAACCAGGGAACUGUAACGGAGCAUCUAUUUCUCAGAAAGGAUCUAUGUCUCCAGCACGUUCCGUUACACCAAAAGGCAGGAACUUUGACGCUCAGAGUCCUUCCCCGUCACCUGGAAAGUUUGGUUCAAAGCAGAGUAAAAAGAAAAUUGCUGAAACAGAUCCAGAAGCAGGAGCGACACCAAUGGACGGGUGUGAGGAUGGGCCUUGUCUCACUGAUGAGACCAGCAAUGAUGGUAUAGAUGACAAGAGGGGAUCCGACAAGUCUAAAAAAGCUAGCACUGGUACAAAAGCUGAUAAAAUGGCACAGAGAAAUAUGAAGUCCCCUCGCCCCGUUGGUCCUGGGUCUACAGCAUCCCAGCAGAUGUACGCCUUCCCUCCUGGAAACACAAAUUCUUCCCCAGGCCUUACUCCAAUGAUCCAAAGUAUUCCCAAGAGUCCCCAGAUGAAAGGCACACAGCCAAAACCCCCAGCCAUUGGAGACCCUGCCUCAAGUAGCUCCAAAGACAAGAAGAAGAAAGACAAGAAGAAGAAAGAUGGCAGCAAGGAGGCAGACAGCCCUAAGCCUCCAGGAAAGAUAGGGAAGCUGGAGGAGGGAAAGCUCCCCUGCUCUGAACCUUGUGAUCAAGGUAAUAAGAGUGAAGGACUUCUCAACGGGUCCUCAGAUCAUCAUCAGAGUCGCUUGGCUAGUAUCAAAGCAGAGGCAGACAAGAUAUACAGCUUUUCUGACAAUGCCCCUAGCCCAUCGAUUGGCGUAGCCAGUCGAAUAGAUGGCAGCGGGAUGCCACAGCCUCUCACACCACUCCACAUGGUGAAUCAAAAUGGUGCUGACAAUUCUUCAGUAAAAACUAAUAGCCCAGCAUAUUCGGACAUUUCAGAUGCCGGUGAGGAUGGUGAAGGAAAAGUAGAAGGCAUCAAGGUAAGGACAGAGGACCAAACCAUAAGGGAAAGUGUGAAAAAAGCCCUUUUUCCAAACCAGACACCCAACAAAGAUUCCCCGUACUAUGCUGGCUAUGAAAGCUAUUAUUCACCCAAUUAUGUCAACCCCAGUCCCAGCGGUCCUAAUCCAGGCACGCCGGUGGGUGAGAGUCAGGUUAAGAUCAAAAGGGAUGAUGAUCAGGACCAAGGUGAGGAGAGAGGGAGGGUUGAAAUUCAUGAGGAGCGCAAACCCGACAACGUUCCUGGCCAGCAACAACAGCAGCCCUCAGUCAUCCAGCAGCGCUCCAACAUGUACAUGCAGCCUCUCUAUUACAACCAGUACGCUUAUGUCCCCCCAUAUGCGUACCAUCAUCCUGAUCAAGCCUACCAUAACCAUUUGAUGACCACCAACCCAGCGUACCGGCAACAGUACGAGGAGCGGCAGCGACAGAUGGCUGAGCAGCAUCGUACUGUGGAGAAGAAGUCUGACAUAGCCAUAAAAGAACGAGAAGCUUCCAUGAAGGAGGAAUGGAAACAAAAGAGCCCAAUGCCACCAAGUCUUUCCAAAGCCCCAAGUCAGUCAGACAUGGGAAAGUCAACGCAACCCCCAAGCAAAUCUAGAGACUCACCUUCUGAUCCCGCCUCCAAAUCUAUGGGAAGCAUAAAAGGGGAGGAUCCAAAGUCCCAGCAAGCUGAGGGGCUGAAGAUGAAGCUGACAGAAGGGGGACACCAUGGAAAGGAGGACUCCAAGCAAGCACUGGAUUCCAGAGUGCAGGGAGGGAUGGAGCAGGCCAUGUGGUACAGACAGCAGUACUCUGAGAAGCCUCAAGCCGACGAUGAACACCAGCAACAGCAGCCUCGAUGGAAAGAUGAAAGGGACCGGGAACGGGAGCGCGAUCGCAAGUUAAAGGACGAUAGGCCCCGGCCCAAGGACAACUUGGCCAAAGAGGACGGCAAGGACGGCAGCGAUUCAAGAUUAACGUCUGAUGAGCACCGAGCUAUGAACAAAGACUCUCGUUCAAACCCUCACAUGCAGUUCUCGUCACCACUAGCGCAGCACCAAGGCUACAUGUCCUACAUGCAUGGUUACCCCUACGGACAGAGCUAUGACCCCAACCAUCCCGGUUACAGAGGUGUGCCCUCAGUCAUGAUGCAAAACUAUCCAGGUCCGUACCUGCCUGGAGGUUAUCCAUUUUCUCCAUACGGCAGUAAAUUAGCUGGAGGUGAGGAAGGCAGCGACAAAUCUCGUGCUAGUCCCACUGUCACCAAAACCGCAGCGGACUCCAAAGCCCUGGAUAUCCUGCAUCAGCACGCCAGCCAAUACAAGAGCAAAUCCCCCACAGUAGGUGACAAGCCAGCGCACGACCGCGACAGAGAGCAGGACAGAGGGAAUGCUGGAGACCGAGACCGGGACAGGGACCGAGAGCGCGAUGUGGACCGGCCGCGCUCGUCGCCCUCGCAGCGCAUCAUGCCCUCGCACCAUCACCUGGGAUACCCUCUGCUCUCAGGGCAAUAUGAUCUGUCCUACGCCACAGGGAAACCUGACCGUCACACCUCGACCCUGCAAAGAUUCAUGUGACUGGCUCACAUGAGAAGCUCAUCUCCCGGGUGUUACCCUUUAGGCAUCAGUUGAAUGGUGUUUCUAUCUAUAUUUUUAGUUCUUCUGCCCAAAGGCUGGGCAGAUCGUCGUUAUCUUUCCUCCUCUCAUAAACGACCCCAAAUUCUCCCGACCUUGGACUGUAAUGGAACUGAUAGUAACCCAGGUUCAAAGCCAUCGCUCUGCUCCAUCGUGCAGAGCAAACACCGACCCGCUGAUCACCUAGUCCUUGCACUGUCAACAAAUACAAUGCAAAAAGAGACGAUUGGACUGCCAGAACAGCCUUUUUUUGUUUUUGUUUUUUUUAUGGAAUUCUUGACUGCAUUGUUUCUUGUCGCACGCAGAAAGAAAUUGGCAGGGCAUUUUGGGGAGCUGGGUGGCUGAUGGGAAAGGGGAGUCCAACGGAACGAAAGACUGACAAAACAGUGCGUUUCCAGUCUGUCCUCUGCUUCUCGAAUGCCAUGAAACAACAGUAUAUCCUUAACUUGACAAACAUUUGGCUAUAUUUCACGGGGAGAGGGAAUAUGGCAACAGCUGCUUUUUUUUCAGAGACUUAAGAGCCUGAGACUGAAGUCUUUCAUUUUCCAUCGCCAUCAUUUUUUUCCCAUCCUGUUUAUUCCCACAGUUCUGGUUUCAGGGAUGAUGUCGUCAUGUGACCGCACACACCUCAAAGGAUGUUAAACACUAUUCAUGUUUUUAUUUUGCUUUCUGCUCCAUAUCAUUGUGCUCAUGGUCCAACCUGUCGCUGGUAUCAGUCAUUCUUUCCUCCUGGUGAAACGCUCAAACCUGUCUCUUCUCACACGGUGAAGCCACAUUAGCAAGCGACGAAUCGCUGCGUUUUACUGUAAGACUUUGCUUCGUUCAGUUCAUCCAGUUUGUUUAUUGUAAACAAUGUGAAAUUUUACUCAUGUAUUUUCUGCUGUAAUAUAAACUUUUAGCCUACUUUUAUGUGCAUAAAUGUUUAUAUUUAUCUCUGCACGCAACAAUUUAAAGCUUGUCUAUGUUAAAUAGCUUUUCAGGCUUCACGGCGUUUAUUUUAAGCUCGGCUCGAAGCUGCUGCCUCCCUCCACGUCUCAUUGUGCUGCUUCUUCGCCUCAGCUUCGGUUUGUCUCGCUGCAGUUUAGGAUUUGGCUUUUCGCUUGUCUCUGCUUUCUCAGACCGUCGCAGGCUUGGUUCGCGUCCUCGUCCAUCUGGAUCGCUGCCCUGUGGUACAAAGUAAAAUCGGUCAGAAGACUAAACGAUCCUCUUCACUUGCUCGUGUGGAUUCACCAUAAAACACAGUCACCUCGGUCGGUCUUCAGAGUUUUCCUACCAGCAUCUCGUUUGCUGGUUCAACAAGUUCAAUACUUCAGACGCCACUUUCGCUUUGUUGCUACAAGGUUCAUUUCUGGCACAUUAAUCGUAGAGUAAGUGCUUGGAAUGACCCAACAGAUCCCGAACUAAUGACAAGCUUUUAGCAGAGAAUGGUAGAAGAAGGGCGGUGGGGCGCUGCUCAAACACACACCUGGUGCAGGAGGCUCCGAGCCCAGUGAACUGGGACGAGUCACCAGGCGUUCUGCAGGAAGUUCAACUGGUGCUGCCAAAUUCAAACAACUGUGGUUAAAACUUUAAAUUCGACUUCUCCUAUAGCUCAGGGGUUGCAAGUGAAAAUCUGUGCAUUUGCAGGUUUUCCUGAUGUGAGAGGGCUUCGGGUUUGUGGCUGUGGGUUCUGCUCUGAGCUGGUACGGAACCAGUGAAGCUGCUGUUCUUCCUGUUCGCUGCUCUAAAGCAUCAUAAACACUUCAGUCCGGUCCAUCUCGUCAGCAUCUAUUCAUUAUUGUUUUAAUCCCAACCUUCCAUUGUUUGUUUUUUCCCACAAGCCACCGGUUAAUCUCCCACCAGACACACUUAGUCAGACAUCAGCUCUUUGCUGACACGCUUUUUAAAAAGGUUGAGGUCCUCGGACGUUCCAGUUUCUCAUCCCACACAUUUUGCGAGACAGUUUAUAUUUUGACUUUUGGAGCAUUUUAAAGAAGAAUGGCUGACAUGACUGCGUUGAAUGUGGUGGUGUUUGACUCGUAGUUAAUCUGUAUAAGGGUAAUCUAGGCAGCUGUGAUGUUGUCAUUAAAGUCAGUGGGUUUUAGUACCAGCAGACUGCAUACAUAUAGUUUUAUCAGACAAUGGUUGUGACAAGUGCAUUUGUUCUCUCUCUCUCUCUCUCUCUCGCUCUGAGAGUAGUAAUGUUAUCUCAGUAGUAAGCAAAGCCCAGUGAAAACCAUAUAUACUAAAGUGUAUGAAAAGCCAGAAAAGUAAUGUUUGCUAUCACAUAUUGGAAAGUGCUUGGCUCUUGUAUUUUGCAGGACUGUAUUUGUUUCAUGGUGAAGAGUAUAUUUAUUGGCCAGCAGUUGUCUCAAUUGGUGCCUAGUUGAACAUUCUUCUGUGUGAGCACAGACACACUUGCUUAUUUGUCCUGUUCCGACCCACCUUCUGUCACGCACCCCCACCCCCUCCCACCCAGAGCGCCAGCACUGGUGCUUGCAAGGAUGUUUACAAUGUCUUCAUUUUCUUUCUGUGUGAUGAAUUCAGAACACUUCUCCCUCUCCCCCGUUCUCCCUCCCUUCAGGAGUUUGUGUAAAGUGUACAUUACCAUGGUUCUUUUUAUACAAUACUCUGUAACUUGCCUUUGUAAAUUUGGGCUGGAAAAAAUAAAUCUUUUUAUGAGACAA